CCUCUUUCGGGUGAAGAGAAUUUGGGAUCUGUCUCCCUGCCCUGCCCAUACCAGGGAUCUACAGCAAGGAGGAGCGGUAGUUUUUCGGGUUGUGUUUAUUAGCUAAAUGCCAGCUGGAAGCAUUGGAAACAAAUCGUUAAGAGUGUGAAAUAGUAAAGGAGGCGAUGCAGUGAUAGCAGGAUGUUGCUGGAAAUGUCAGCGCUUAGUUUUAAAGUAAGUGGGAGGGUGUGAACCUGAUGGAAACCGUGAUAAGUGAGGCUUUCUAACGGGUUUUCUAAUCAAGCUGUUCAAUAUAUAUAUAUAUCUCCAGAGUCGGUGAGACUUGAACACAUGCCCCCUGUUUCAGAGAUGCUACAGUGUCCAUGAUUGGAUCUGAUUCCUGGAGAUUGUUGAGGCAUGUGGAGGUGGCUGUCAUUGCUGGGGAUUUUUACUCGAAUCGCCGAAGCUGCAGCCUUGACUCAUCAAAAGCCCUCCGAUAACAACCGUCAUCAAGACUUGCGUUUUAGGCAACUAUCACCUUCUAACCUGAAGAGACAAAUUUCUUGCUCUGGAUCAGAUUGCCUUGGGCGCUCCUCCCCACUCAGUGAGUUCAGUUGUGAAGCAACUCAAACCCGGUGAUGCCUGUGAAAUAUUUGACAUUGGUGACCUUUAUUUGGUGCCUGGGAGCAAUUCAAGGAGAGCUGACUAAAUGCCCUUUUUCUGGGUCUACAACAGUAUUUACUCGUGAAGGGGAGCACGCACGUUUAAGAUGCAAAUUGUGCAAUUCAUCCACUCCACUUGCCUUGCGUGACCUUCAAACACAUGGAUUUAACAUUUCCUGGUUCCACAAUGCAGCCAAAGUUGGUCGCGUGGAGUUUUCAGGGAAUAGAAGCAGAAUUACACUUGAAGGAACCUCAUUAGGAUUUUGGCCUACAUUUGUGAAUGACUCUGGAAAUUAUUUUUGUUCUGUCUCGAAUGGAACUCAUAAGAUUGUGAGUGCAGUCACAACUUUGAAUGUAAAAAAGAACAAAGGUUUGUGUCAUGAUGAUGCGUACCCUUUCAGUCAACAUAUUGGAAGAUCAAUUAUGUUGCCAUGUCCAAAACUUGACGAUUAUAGUGACAAGAAAGAAAAUAUUAUUUGGCUGAAGAAUUGCACAGAAAAUGUCCAUACUGGGGCCAUGUACACUAUUCAGAAAGUGCAAGAAGAAAGCGCUGGACUCUACAUGUGUGUACUCCCUUUAGAAAAUGGUAGAGUUCAGUAUAAUGUUACAAGAACACUGAACCUGAAAGCUAAAGAAUAUGUUGAGCCAUUCAAACCGAAAUUAAUUUAUCCCAUUGAUGAACAAAUUGAACUUGGACUUGGUGAGAAAAGAGAAAUUGAAUGCAAAGCUAUAGCGGACAAUGAAGCGGUUGACUUUUGCAUGCUAUAUUGGAAUUUUAAUCACAAUUAUUUAACCAGCGGUGGAAAUGAUGUCUAUGAAAAUUCUAGCAGGAUAGUUCCUGAAGAUAACAGAGUAUCUGUGAUCGCACCACUUGUGUUCAUGAAAAUUAAAAAGGAACAUUUGAAUAAAACCUUUCAGUGUGUUUUAACUUGUCAAGACACACAGCAAAUCGGUAACAUCAUUCUUCUCGAAAAAGGCAAAGGUGACACUGGUCCAGUCAUCCUACCAAUAAUCAUGGCAGUGGCUGUUUUCAUCAUUGUAGCAGUUGUAUAUGUCAAGUUCAAGAUUUAUUUUGUCCUUUGCUUCAGAGACUUCAUUUCCAGAGAUGAAACUUUAGAAGACAGUAAGGAAUAUGAUGCAUAUGUGCUGCUCCUUAAGAGUAAUGAUGCUGUUCUCAGUGCUAAAGAAGAAACAUUUGCAUUGGAAGUAUUACCUUCAAUUCUUGAGGAAAAGUUUGGUUACCGAUUAUGCAUUUUUGAACGCGAUGUCCUUCCAGGAGGAGCUUCUGCAAAUGAUAUGCUGUCCUACAUCAACAAAUGUAGAAGAUUAAUUAUAAUACUUUGUGCUGAAUGUGUGGCAGAAGACAGUUCUAUGUAUGAACUGAUGACAGGUCUUCAUCAAGCUUUAGUCAACAGAUUAAUAAAGCCAAUUCUCAUUGAAUACAAUCCAAUAAGAGACGUUGCAUUUUUGCCACAAUCGCUUCAGCUUAUUUUGAGAUCAAACAGGAGAGUGAAAUGGAGAAGUACAUCGCUAUCACAAAAUUCAUACUUUUGGAAGAAGAUACGUUAUCUUAUGCCAGCAAAGCAUAUUUAAACUUCUGUAAAUUCCCAAAAUGGAGGAGUCAUUCUUUGACAGCAGAAUCUGAAACUGCAGUGAUCUCAUAGAUUCAUAAGAUGGGAGUUCAUGCAGGUGUCCUUUUGUCUGUUACUGCAGAAGGAAAAAUAACACUAUGAAUAGCCAACUUUAAGAUUCUGAACAGAAUGCUGAAAAGAAGUUACAGGGGCAACUGACUAAUGUGAAAAUUAACCAACAUGCAAGUAUAAAUAAAUAAGAAUUGAAGCCUGGAACAAGAAACUGUAAUUAGAUACAUCCUGUCCUUGAGGCAGAUUUACCUACAAUUUACAUUCUCAUGAUCUCUACUCAGUAACCUUGAUCUCUUGGGAGAUGGACUGGUGUGAGUAAAGUUUUAAUUCUCUGAACCCCUGACAUGACUCACGGAAAUGUUUCGAGGCAUAUCUGUCAUUGUGCAGUUACUAUUGGCAUUUGUCUGAACAUAACAUAAUUUUGUCAACAGCAUAGUCCUGCAGCCUGCAAGAGGGUAAAUACCAGUUAGACUAUUUGUUGCAGUAGUUGAAGGAGAAUUGUAGGCUCUAACGUCGGAAAAACUUCCAGUUCUUUCUCCGAAAGAGCCAUGGGUUUUUAACAUCUAACUGAAACAAUGGAUAAAAGAGUCUUCAGCUAAGCUUUAAUUUCAUUCUUAACUAUUUGCCAAGUACUUCAGAAAGAGUUAUUUGUUUCUAAUGAACCAAAAGUGGGAAGUAUUAUUACUGAGCCUAUAAAAUGCUUCUGUGGCAUUUAAGUAUUAUUGUGACAUGUCAAGGUAGAUUUAAAUUUACUCCAGUAUUUAAUGGUGAUGUACAUUUACACAAGAGAUUUGGUUGAAAAUGUGUGGUGUGAUUAUAAUGGAAAGUUUAAUUCAACUGGAUUCUGGGUAAUCCAAGAGGGAGGAUGGGAAAAAUUUUUGGCUGUAAGAGCUGCUCCUUUUUUGAGGU